AUGAGCGACCGAGCGGUACCAGCCGAGGAGGAGCUCGAUUACGAGGGACUGGGUGACAAUGUCCCACUGCACAUCAACAUGAUUGCGGGCUCACUGGCAGGUAUCAGCGAGCACGCCGCCAUGUACCCUGUCGACGUCAUCCGCACACGAAUGCAGGUCCUCUCUGCGACACCUGCCGCCACCUACACGGGCGUGAUACAAGCCUUCAACCGCAUCAGCAGCGUCGAAGGAAUGCGCACAUUGUGGCGCGGCGUGGCGAGUGUCAUCAUGGGUGCGGGUCCAGCACACGCGGUCUACUUUGGCACCUACGAGACGGUGAAGGAGGCGACGGGAGGGAAUCGCGAGGGGCAUCAGUUUGCAAGCACAGCGUUCGCCGGUGCAUCCGCCACCAUCGCCGCAGACGCUUUCAUGAACCCAUUCGACGUGAUCAAGCAGCGCAUGCAGAUGCACGGCUCGCAACAUCGCACCGUCAUGCAGUGCGCCUCGUCCGUCUACAAGCAGGAGGGCCUGCGUGCGUUCUAUGUCUCGUACCCAACUACGUUGACGAUGACGGUGCCCUUCACGGCGGUGCAGUUUUCGGUGUACGAGUGGGCGAAGAAAGUGCUCAACCCGUCGGAAAGCUACUCGCCAAUGACGCACGUUUCAGCAGGUGCCUUCUCGGGAGCCGUGGCAGCUGCAGUGACCAACCCGCUCGAUGUGGCCAAGACGCUCUUGCAAACUAGGGGCAGCAGUACGGAUGCGCAGAUUAGGAACGCAUCGGGCAUGUUCGAGGCAUUCAAGAUCAUUCAUGCGCGAGAAGGAUGGAAGGGCUUCGCACGAGGUCUCUCGCCAAGGGUGUUGACGUUCAUGCCGUCGAACGCGCUCUGCUGGUUGUCGUACGAAGGCUUCCGCUUCUUCCUCAACGAGCAGUCCAAGGCGUCGGUCUGA